CUUCCUUCCUUUCUUUUGCUUCUCGUAAGGCGUAACUCCGAAAAAAAAAAAAAAAAAUCUAAUCGGCGAAGACAGGGAAAAUUGUGGAAUGGGGCUGCUCUCUAACAGAGUGGCGAAGGAGAGUCUGAAGCCUGGGGAUCACAUCUACUCUUGGAGGACUGCUUAUAUUUAUGCCCAUCACGGCAUCUAUGUUGGAGAUAACACAGUGAUUCAUUUCACCAGACGUGGUCAAGAAGUAGGUACAGGGACUGUGCUGGAUCUUCUCUUGGUUAGUUCAGGACCGACCCGAUCAGUUGGGCCUUGCCCCAAUUGCACUCCAAACGAAGAAGGCAGCGGGGUCGUCUCCUCGUGCUUGAACUGUUUCCUCGCUGGCGGCAUCUUGUACCGCUUCGAGUAUGCUGUGAUCCCCGCUCUUUUCCUUGCAAAAGCUCGCGGAGGAACCUGCACCCUUGCAGUCUCGGAUCCAGAUGAUAUUGUGGUUCAUCGAGUAAAAUACCUGCUGACGAAUGGAUUUGGCUGCUACAAUGUGUUCAAGAACAAUUGUGAAGACUUUGCUAUUUACUGCAAAACUGGAUUGCUUGUUUUGGAUGAAAGAGCAAUGGGGCAAAGUGGCCAAGCUGCGUCCAUUAUAGGAGGGCCUCUUGCUGCCAUUUUGUCAACGCCAUUGCGUUUCGUUACCACCAAUGUUUAUGGAAUGGCGGCAACAGCUGUCGGAGUCUAUUGUGCUAGUAGAUAUGCUGCUGAUAUUGGGAUGAGAAGCGAUGCACAGAAGAUUUCUGUGGAGGACCUGACUAGGAGACUUGCAACGGGCUUGCUUCAGGUGGUCGAACCCCAAAUCCCAGCAUCUCCUAUCCACGAGUCUGCUCAGAUUGUCACCCGAUGACCAAAUAGUUUGGUAAUUUGUUCUUUGGUUCGCUUUGACAACAUGUUGAGCGGAUCAGGGUUCUGAAUAUCUCUCUAUUACAAUUGCUAUCAAGUGUUAAUUAUUGAGAAUUUCAAUUGUGUGUGCUCUUUUUUCUUUUGAAUUGCAAGACGUUUGAGUGCUUGUUUGUUGUAUUUUCUACUGUUAAGUGUUUUCCAUUUCUUUCUAAUAUCAUAUCAAUGCUAGUGUUUUAUCUUUCUUU